AUGAGCAGAAUCCGACCCCUCCAGGGUGCCUGCAACUGCGGCCGCAAUCACUACUAUAUCACAGCUCCGCCCGAUGCUACGGAACAAGCGCUGAUUUACUUUGACGAUAGCAGCCAAAGCAGACGAAGCCAAGCAACCCCGCUAACGGCGUGGCUCCGGGUUCCGUUGUCCUGGUACUCAUCAACCACACAGUCUUUCUUCCCUGACGAAACGCACGCCUCUAUUCGAAGAACCUUCACACCCUUGCAUACACCACACUCUCAGCGGGUGUUCUGCGGCUAUUGCGGCACGCACCUGUCCUACUGGACUGAACAACCGCCGGAAGAGGCAGAGUACAUGAAUAUCACUUUAGGAAGCUUGUUGAGCGAGGACCUGCGCGCACUACAAGAUUUGGACCUGUUGCCCGAGGAUGUAGAAACAGAAAGACCCGCAGAUGAUGGGCAACAAUUUACAAUGUCCGGGGCGCUGCAGCAGGGCGAUGAGGAUAUGGCGCAAGGUUCUGUUACACCGCGAGAAAACCAACCACUGACUCGGACACAGCGAAGUGGUCGAACAGGGGGGCUAACUUGGUUUGAAGAGAUGCUGGCGGGAAGCCGACUGGGCCGAACGCAAAACACAAGACGCGGAGUUGGAAUCAGCAAUGACGGUUUGACUCGGGUGGAAUGGGAAGUGUCAGAAUAUUUUGACGAUGGCAGCGAAGAGCCGAUUCAGACAGCUACGGGCUCGAAGCGAAAGAUCGGGGAUGUGGGCAGAGACGAGGACGCCGCCAUGCAGCAUUGA